AAAGGCCACCCAUUCAGUCCGUUACAGGCGGAAGUGAUACGUUUAGCAAAAACGUCCAAAAAUAAAAUUCGGUGAUUUUAUAAUUCGAGUUUUCUUUAUCAGUUCAUCAUGCCGAAAGAAAAUUUAAAGGAAAAGCUUGACGGAAAUGAAUUGGAUCUGAGUCUGAAUAAUUUAACUACAGUUCCUGUGAAAGAAUUGGCAGAGCUGCAGAAAGCAACACAUUUAGAUCUGUCAUGUAACCUCCUAGCUGAUUUACCUGAUACAUUCUGUACACUGACACAUCUCGUGAAGAUAGAUCUUAGCAAGAAUCUUCUAACAAAACUCCCCGAUGAUUUCGGAAACUUGAUUCGGCUUCAGCAUCUAGAUCUCCUUGGUAAUAAACUCACAGGUUUACCUGUAAGCAUGUACCAGCUGACCAAACUCAGAUGGCUUGAUCUGAAAGAUAACCCGCUGGAACCGGGACUGAAGAAAAUUGCUGGAGACUGCUUAGACGAGAAACAGUGCAAGAAAUGUGCUACUGAUGUUGUUGCACAUAACAAGUUGAUUCAUAAUGCAAUACAGAAGAAAAUACAGGCACAGCGUGAAGAAGAGAAAAAAAAAAGGCAAGCAGAAGAAGCUAAAUUAGAGGCAGAGAAACAAAGAAUAUCCGAAGAUAAGAAAAGAAAGAAACAAGAGAAGCGUCAAGCCCAGAAAGCCAAGAAACAAACUACACCUGAAAGACAAGAACAACAGAAUGAACCAAAACCAUCAACAAGCAAAACAAAACAAAAGGCAGCAAAGAAAGAAGAUGGCGGAGGAGGUGGCAGUCAAUGCUGUUUGAAAGUCCUGUUCUGGAUCUUCCUUACUCUCGGUGUUCUCCUGGCAGCUAUAACCGGUAUCCUUGGCUUCUGUCAGAAUGACCCGAAACAUAACUUCUGUGAAGUGAUACAGUUUGAGACUGCUGUUGUACCAUGGACCAAAACGAACAUUGUACCUUACAUUGAAAAGGGGCAAGAUGUUGCUGCUGACGUUGGAAGGAAGGUAAAGCUUUAUGCUGAUAAUGGUAUUGUUUGGGUACAAACAAAUGGACCAGUCUAUGUUAACAAUGUGAAACAGAAAUGGAAUGAUGUUCAAGAAUUUGUCCUUGCAAAGUAUAGAUCUUUUACUGGUGAGGAUGAGGAGCUUGCUAAAAAGGAAGCAGCAGCAUCAAAGAAAAAGGUACCUUCAGCUAAACCAACAACAACCACAACUCAAAGACCUACUACCACUACCACCUCCAAACCCACAACCACAACAACCACCACUCAAAAACCAACAACAACUCAAAAACCUACCACAACUACUACCACUCAAAAACCUACCACAACAACUACCACUACCCCAAAACCCACAACAACCACUACUCCUAAGCCUACCACAACAACCACUACCACUCAGAAGCCCACUACCACAACAACUACUACUCCUAAACCUACAACUACCACCACUCAAAAACCUACUACUACAACAACCACUACUCCCAAACCAACAACUACCACCACUCAAAAGCCUACCACUACAACCACCACUACUCCUAAGCCUACCACAACAACCACAACCACUCAGAAGCCCACUACCACAACUACUACUACUCCCAAACCUACAACUACCACCACUCAGAAACCCACUACCACAACAACCACUACUCAAAAGCCUACCACUACAACAACCACUACUCCAAAGCCUACCACUACAACUACCACCACUCAAAAACCCACUACCACAACAACCACUACUCAAAAGCCUACCACUACAACAACAACUACUCCAAAGCCAACCACCACAACUACUGAAAAACCCAACUACCACCACCAACUACCACCACUACCACUCAGAAACCAACUACCACAACAACUACUACUCAAAAACCCACUACCACAACAACCCAAAAACCAACAACUACAACAACCACCACUGAAAAACCUACUACCACUACUCAAAAGCCUACAACAACAACCACACAAAAGCCUACAACUACUCAAAAGCCUACAACUACCCAGAAGCCCAGUACCACUCAAAAGCCAACUACAACCACAAAACCCACCAGCACCACUCAGAAGUCAAAAAUAG